AGCCAACAAUGCACAAUAAUACCAGGGUCUAAGUCCCUGCCUGUUCUUGAGAAAAAGGGGGACAUCAUCUUGGGGGGACUCUUCUCCCUUCAUGACAUGGUGCUGGAGCCCAGUGUCUCCUUCAGCUCGACACCUCCUCCUGCACAGUGCACUAGAUUUAACUUCCGGACAUUUCGUUGGAUGCAAACGAUGAUCUUUGCCAUUGAGGAAAUCAACAGAGAUGGCAAACUACUUCCCAACAUCACGCUGGGCUACAAGAUCUAUGAUUCAUGUAGUACACCCCAUCAAGCUCUGAGGGGCGCCAUGGAGUUAGUGGGGAGUGAGAAGGAUUCAGGGGUUGAAGGACAAACACAGAGUAAAGGCACCUGUUAUGGGACUGUACCAGUAGUGAUAGGAGAUGGAGGCUCUACUCAGUCUCUCGUAGUGGCCCAUUUUCUGGGAGUCUUUCAUGUGCCACAGGUAAGUUAUUUCUCCAGCUGUGCCUGUCUCAGCGAUAAAAAGGAGUUUCCUGCAUUUUUAAGGACCAUGCCCAGUGACUUCUUCCAGGUAGAUGCAUUAGUUCAACUUGUCAAGCAUUUUGGCUGGACUUGGGUGGGUGUGAUAGCAGGGGAUGAUGCAUACGGUCAUGGUGGGGCAAACAUCUUUGCCAAUGAGGUGAGAAAGUUAGGUGCUUGCAUUGCCCUUCAUGAGAUCAUCCCUAAGAACCGAGCACAGACCGCCAUUUCAUCUAUCAUUUCCAAGAUCCACUCCUCUGGAGCUCGGGUGAUUCUAGUGUUUGCUGUGGAACAAGAUGCAUCAGCACUGUUUGAUGAAGCUCUCAGACAGGGGCUCACUGGGAUACAGUGGCUGGCAAGUGAAGCUUGGAGCACAGCUGCUGUCCUCUCCACCCCCAAAAAGCAUCACCACAUCCUCCAGGGUUCUAUGGGAUUUGCCAUUCGGCGAGCACACAUCCCUGGAUUGCAAGACUUUCUGCUUCGCUUGCAUCCUUCGAGCACUGAUGCCCUUGCAGAUCCCUUCCUGAUACCAUUCUGGGAAGAAGUGUUUCAGUGCAGCCUGGGUGUGCAGAAUGAAGGUCAAGAACAUAAUGGUGGAGGUAAACCUCCAUGCUCUGGGGCUGAAGAGCUGGGGAGUGUGAAGAACAUCUAUUCAGAUGUGUCACAGCUGAGGAUUUCCUACAAUGUCUAUAAGGCUGUGUAUGCCAUUGCCCAUGCACUCGAGGCUAUGAGAAGCUGUGUGAAAGGAAAAGGGCCAUUUCAUCUGCAGACCUGUCCAGAUGUAGACAGUAUACAGCCAUGGCAGCUGCUUCAUUACAUAAAACAGGUGGAAUAUUUGAACUCAUUUGGUGAUGAAACCAAGUUUGAUGAAAAUGGCGACCCUACAGCCAUGUAUGACCUAGUAAACUGGCAACUAAAUCCAAACGGAGAUAUGGAGUUUGUCACAAUUGGAAAAUUCGAUGAGACUACUAAAGUUGGAAAGCAAAAACUCCAGAUACAGGAAGGUGUCAUUGUAUGGAACGGCAACCAAACACAAAUUCCCUUGUCAGUGUGCAGCAGCAUUUGUCCCCCAGGUACCAGGAAGGCAAUCAGACCUAACUUCCCUAUCUGCUGCCAUGAUUGUGUGGUUUGCGCAGCGGGAGAGAUUAGCAAUCAGACUGAUGCCAUAGAGUGUGUGCGCUGUCUGACAGACUUCUGGUCUAAUGAUGAGAGGACAGCCUGUAUCCCAAAACAGGUGGAAUUCCUCUCCUUUAGCGACACCAUGGGCAUCACCUUGACGGCUAUUUCUCUCAUUGGCUCUUUCUGCACCUGUGUUGUGGCCUUCAUAUUCUCCUAUCACAGAACCACUCCGAUUGUCAAGUCCAAUAACUCUGAGCUGAGCUUCCUGCUGCUCUUUUCCUUAACUUUGUGUUUCCUGUGUUCUCUGACGUUCAUUGGCCGGCCCUCAGAGUGGUCCUGCAUGCUGCGACACACAGCAUUUGGAAUCACAUUUGUCCUCUGCAUCUCUUGUAUCCUAGGGAAAACUAUAGUUGUGUUAAUGGCCUUUAAGGCUACACUUCCAGGCAGUAAUGUGAUGAAAUGGUUUGGACCUGCACAGCAAAAGGCAAUCAUUACCUUGUGUACACUGGUCCAGGUAAUCAUCUGCAUAGUGUGGCUGGUUGUCGCUCCCCCCAGCCCACGCCGAUUGUUCCCACGUGAGAGCUUUAUUGUCAUUCUGUUGUGUGACGAAGGUUCACCCGUAGCAUUCGCUCUUGUCCUGGGCUACAUUGGCUUGCUGGCCUGCCUCUGCCUUCUCUUGGCCUUCCUGGCAAGGAAACUGCCAGACAACUUCAAUGAGGCCUGGCUCAUCACAUUCAGCAUGCUCAUUUUUUGUGCAGUGUGGAUAGCCUUUGUGCCUGCCUACAUUAGUUCUCCAGGGAAGUACUCCACAGCCACAGAGGUGUUUGCUAUAUUGGCUUCCAGUUAUGGACUGCUGGGCUGUAUCUUUGCACCAAAGUGCUACAUUAUCCUACUAAGGCCAGAAAAGAACACAUGGAAACACCUGAUGUCGAAAGCUGCCACAGGAAAAUUUUAG